UCAGAUGAAUUGCAGACAAAGUUCGCGAAUAGUAUUAAAGAAUUGCCGACAAAAGAGAAUAAACUGAAGAGGAAUAAAGACCGCCGAGAGUUGGCCUACAGUUCCAGCUUUAAGCUGAAGGCGAGGUGUAGUUCCCCCGUUAGGGAUGAGUCGAUGCUCUACGAGAGAGGCGAACACUCGUUGUCCCCCAACUUCAGCCCCAGUGUCCGCCAGUCGGCCCCCACUACACCUCCGGCCCAAUCGCACGCACAGUACACUCGCGGUUCACCCGAACCCGCACUCAACUCGCAUACAAGUUAUACUACUUAUACUGGUUUUAGUCAACGCGUGGCUCCCAGUGCCGCAGCCGCUGGUGACGGCCUGUUGUCCGCAUACCGGGGCUCUCCCUACGAGCGCCACCACCAGCACCACACCGACGGUACAAACCAUUCGCCGAUAGACCGACGCAAUAGUGAUCCCAAUUCGCAGCACUCGAUGACCGGCCAGUCGUCCGGCGAUUCGAUGGACGCCGACGACGACCAGCCCCUCGACUUCAGCAACAAAAGCCGGCGCCGACCCCUUCCGGACUGCGAAUCUCAGCGCAACGUCAGUCCUGCCAACCACUCGUCGGCCACCCAUUCAUUAUCGCAAUUGUUUGCCCAACAGAUGACUCGGCCGUCUGUCAUCACCUGCGGCUCGUCCCUCAUGAGAGCCCAGCAGUCGGGACCUCCCGGAGCCCAACCACCGCCGCCAUCCUAUGCGGAUUCGGUGUCCCCACCAAUCAAUAAACACUCGAUCAAUGGCUUUAACGACCCGGGCGUUGAGUUGAGGAACGGUAGCCCUGGCGAUGAGCGUAGAACUGGUAGCCGUCGACUAAUAGUGAGCGCACCCGCGGAAGGGGUGAGCGAUCCGGUGAUUGAGGAGCACUUCCGGCGUUCGUUAGGCAAACAAUAUUCACAACUGUUUUCCACGAAUACGGCUAACAAUAACUCCAUUACAUAUUCGGUGGACGACCACUUCGCCAAAGCGUUGGGCGACACAUGGGUUCGGCUCCAGAAGUCGGCCGACGGUUCGCAACCAAAUAAUGCUCAGAGUAUUGCUUCAUAAAUAUCGGACACAAAAUAUACACAAAAAAUAAUAAUUAAAACCUCCACUCGAUUAGUGAAUCAAUUCAUUUGAUUAACGG